CACACCAUCCAUUUUGUUGAAUUGUUAAUGUUUUUCUUUCUCCGUCGCUAAACGGCUUGAAGAAUGUUUCUGAGUGUCCUGCGAGCCUGCAAUUUGAAGAUAAAUGACUGCUGAAGGAAAUUGACGAUCGCAGCGCCGCGCUAUUGGUCGCGAUGAUUCAUGUGAAAGGAAUUUUCUGUGUUUUGGCUGUUUUUCCUUCAAUUUUAUGUGAUAAAUAGUUGUUGUUCCGUGUUUUCUGUGAUUGCAAUUUGAAGAGCAAAUACUUCUGAAGGAAAUGGAAUUUGAUCGAAAGAGAGCCUGAGAACUUAAUUUGGUGAUUUCAAGUGUGUUCUGAAGCAGAGGUCUCUGGUUUCUAUGUACAUUUUUGGAUUAAACACCGCCGCCAGCCGUCAGGUCGUUAAAACGAACGAUGUAUCGGAGUUGAAGUCCAGCCAGUACAUAACAUACUGCCUGUCAGUGCUGUGCGUGAAGGAGCUCUCUCGACUUGUCGCUCUCUUUCCAUCAUUCCUGGUACCUGUCCUCACAUCGCAGGUGCCAUCUAUUGAUUACGGAAGGCCGCCGGACGCCCCCGUAGCGCCCAUUGCUCCCGCCGCUUGAAUGGAGCCCUCCAAAUGGAGCCUCAUGAAGCCGUCCUGCUUGCAGCGCUCCACGUGGGCAAGAAGCGUGUCAGGGCAAUCCUGCAUGCAGGAUUUAUCGCCUGGGAGCCAAGUAAUCCCAAACAGGCACAUGAAAGGCACCAGGUGCCUCUGACGGACAUUGUGACGGUUUUAUGCAGUGGCGCUACCUUUACAUUGGUUUACGGGAAGCGGCGGCCUAGUAGUCACGAAUGGAGGCUACAACGAACAACUUUCGUGGCAUCUGAUGCAACAACAGCUGAAGCAUGGACGGCUGAGGCAAGGCGGCAAAUUGAGGCACAAAAACAUCGUCCACGGCGUGUGCUUGUAUUUAUUAAUCCAUACGGAGGACGGCGGGCGGCGCCACGUAUCUAUGAGCGACGUGUGCGACCACUCUUAGAAUUAGCUGGUAUUGAGGCAGAGGAGAUUGUCACGGAGCGCCCCCAGCAAAUAAGGGAGACACUCCUGGAGGCAUCUCUUGAUAAUUUCGAUGGGAUUGCCUGCGUUGGGGGUGAUGGGACAUUUUCGGAACUCUUCAAUGGGCUCGUGGCACGUGAGUGUCGUGAUGCAGGAGUUCCCAUGACAAGUGCAUCCCUACCACGACCCCGAAUCCCAUUGGCUGUCAUUCCUGGUGGAAGUACGAAUACAGUUGCAUUCUGUAUGCAUGGCACUGAUGAUCCCACCACGUGUGCAAUGCACCUUGUUCUCGGGCAACGUGCUGGUCUUGAUCUUUGCUCAACAACAAGUUCCGAUCCAGAGGGGGCACGGCUGUAUGCGAGUGUUCUGUCCUAUGGGUACCUCGGGGAUAUUGCGAAGGAGAGUGAACGCUAUAGGUGGAUGGGACCACGUCGGUAUGACUAUUCGGGCUUGAGAAAAUUCCUUGGGAAUCGGGGGUAUCGUGGGGAGGUGUCUGUGCUGCUGGAUCAUUCAGAUCCAGCUGCGGAGACAAGCAAAUGUGUCGAGGGGUGUGAGAGGUGCAAUGCCCCUGUUGAUGAUGCCACGGAGGCUCCCACGUCGGACACAGAGACACCGUGGCAGGUGAUUCGUGGGAAGUUCCUAAUGGUCAAUGGGGCUAAUAUAUCAUGCGCAUGCCGUCGUAGCCCGUGCGGGAUGUCCCCAUCAUGCCAUCUUGCUGAUGGGUGUGUUGAUGUGAUUCUCGUGAAUCACACGCACAUCUUCAAUAACCUCCGGCUCCUACUUAGGCUCUCUUCGCGCAAAGGUUCCGUGGCACAAUUGCCCUUUGUACGUGUCCUCCGUGCACGUGGAUUCCACUUUAGACCCCACGAUGGUGGCAAUGGCAGCGGUGCGGCAACAGGUAGCCAACAACCAAUUGCCCCAUCAGGGGGCAAGCAGAGUGUGUGGAAUUGCGACGGGGAGGUCCUAACCGAAGGCGAGGCCACAAUACGCCCCCAUAGGCAACUUGUAACUGUCUUUAGGCGCCCCCUUGUUGAUCCCGAGGAACCAGGGUGUGCGCUAUGUAGUUAGCCUUCCCGCGCGCGCAUUAAUAUUGCAUUCCUGUGAAAUGAGGUUCUUUGUUGUUUUCUUUUUUACUCAAAAGACCUAUAUUUUAGUAUUUGUUUUUUUGGCAACGACAAUGGUGAUGCUCAAUGUAUUCCUACAUAAAUAGUAGUUAUAUAUAAUAAAAAGAAGUAUAUAUAUUUUAGAUAUUUUCGGAGAGGGAUUCACUUUUAUAGGGCAAUUUAGGGUGAAUAAAAUGGUUUCAGAAAAUGAGAAAAAAAGGCCCUUUGAGGGCAUGAGGAGACGAUGUUUAACUGUGAGAUUAACAAUAAUUAAAUAAAGUUUAUGUGGCGGUUGAAAA